CGCUGCAGCGAGGGAUGGUAAAGCCAUGAUUUCUGCUGAGCUCACGCUCCCCGCUUUAUCAACCUCGGCUUGAUUUGGGGAUAGGAAAACGUAAAUGGAAGAGGAGGAGGAGGCCGAUGGAGAAGCAGAAGGGCGGCAAAACGCCCGGCUCCGAACUCACGGCAGGUCCUAGCGCAGGUCACGUCUGAGGGGGUUUAUUUUUCUGGGAUAAAGCAAAGGCCGUUUUGGCUACGUUUAGGAAAAUUCCGGGAAAAAAAUACCGACUGUUUUAACCUUCGGAGGAGCAGCGCUCCCACAAGAGUCCGGCGUGCCAGGGUAGGAAGUGCCGUCAAGUCCAACAGUGUGCUAGGCAAACGCAGCCCUGGCGGUUCCCCGGAGCAGCGCAGGAUGGAUCCCGUGGUUCUCAGCUACAUGGACAGCCUGCUGAGGCAGUCGGACGUGGCCCUGCUGGAGCCCCCGAACUGGCUCAACGACCACAUCAUCGGCUUCGCCUUCGAGUACUUCUCCAACCAGCAGUUCCAGGAGUUCAGCCACCGUGUUUGUUUCAUCGGCCCUGAGGUGGCUCAGUUCAUCAAGUGUGCCCUUAGUCAGGAAGAAAUAGCCAUAUUCCUCCAGCCGCUGGACCUUCUCCACAAGGAGCUGCUGUUCCUGCCUAUCAAUGACAACUCCAGCCAGGCCGCUGGGGGCACCCACUGGAGCUUACUGGUUUAUUUCAGGGACAAGAAGUGCUUCGCUCAUUACGAUUCCCACAGUAAAUGCAACUCUGUCCAUGCCAAGCAAGUGGCAGGGAAACUGGAGGCCUUUCUGGGAAAAAGAGGGGGCAAAGCCACCUUUGUGGAGGAGAAGGCGCCGGCGCAGCAGAACAGCUACGACUGUGGGAUGUACGUGAUCUGCAAUGCCGAGGCUCUGUGCCGUGGCUACUUCCAGGGCCGGAUGGAGCCUCUGCUGCAGCUCCUCACCCCCUCCUACAUCACCCAGAAGAGGUCAGAGUGGAAAGCUCUCAUCACAAAACUGGCACAGAAGUGAUAGGGAUGCAUCUCCAGCCCCCCAAAAACUGCCUUCCCGGUCCAAGAGGCAGCACCCCCAGUGCCUGAGGGAAUGCCCAUGCACAAGAUUGUCCCAAAGAAAAAGAAUGUAACCCCUCUAGCAUGGCUACACCCCCCAAACACCCCACUCCCUCCAGGAAAAGCCUUAUUCUCCUCUCAAAAUCACUGGCCUUUCAACUUCUAAUGACAAGAGUCACUUUGCUUUCAAAGAAACCCUCUCCAUGGUAAAAUUUUACAGUAAUCACUGCAGCAAAACAGGUUGCUAAAGAGAAUUCUCCACCUGUGCCCAGCAGGCAACACACCCUCAUUAGGUGGCUUUAGAUGGCUCCAGGCAUUGUCCUUCCAAGCCAGGUUUAGCAAACGUUCUUUAAACCCAAACCCCUGAGUGCUUUAUCGUGGACAGUUCCAGUUUGUGCCUCCUGCUAACAGUAUUUCAGCAAUGUGGCAUUUAGCAGCCAGGAUUUUGUACCCCUGAAAACCUGACAUUGAGAUGUCACUGCAAAAAAGAUGAGACUGCAAAGGAAAAGCUAAAAUUAAUUUAAGAACAGGGCAAAAUCAAAGUCAGUUUUCACCAGCCAGGUGCUCCUAGCUUUUUUUUGUUCCCCGCCCCUGCUUGUUCUUAUUGCAAAUUAAAACCCGACUCUGAACUGCUGGAAGAUUAAUAGGAAGCUGAGAAAGCCAGUCCUAGGAAAAGAAACUUUAUUGAGAUGAAAAGCAACACUCACUCUUUGAAGUUUGGGGUUUUUCAUUAGGAUUUUAGGUCGUCUCUGAGCGGGGAGGGUUCGUCAGUGCUCCCCAACCCUUGUUAGCGGUCACUGCUCUAACACAAAACCAGUUCUGUUACUUGAGAGGAAAAAAAACCACACCAGGGAGAACAAAAGGACAGAGUUUGAGGUAUAAAAGCCAAAGAUAACUGCGGGCUCCUUGAAGUCCUUAAUGCACUUCAGAAAACUGAAACACUUCUCUUCCCGUGCUGGAUGAUGGCUGAGAUCCAGGAGUGGAUCCUCUCCUUAAAGACAGGCUUAGCAGUGCGGAAAAUAAAAAUUAAACUGAGAUGUCAUUGCAGGAUAAGGAAUAAUCUCUCACCUGGUGAGAAGCAAAGAGCAGGUUGCUCAGGUAGUGUCUAGCAGAGCAACCACACCUCUACCUGAGGAGGGAAAUCGGGGUUAAAUACAAUCCUUGAGGAAGGACUGUUUUUACCUUGGAGCUCUUCACACUCCACCGGUGUGUGCAGCAGCACAGCACCAAGGGGAUUGAGGGCUUCACCUUCCCUUACUCCAGGUGAAAGUCAAGAUAUCAGCCCAGACUGCCCCAAAACACCCUCACGUCAACACUGGGGCCAUGUACAAGGGCUGGGGCCAUUGCCCUCCCUCCUAACACUGCCUGGACAGGAGAGCAGCCUCCAGCAUCAGCCGUCCCUGGAAAACCCGCUCAGCUGCAGUGAGAACGGGAUCCAGCCCUGAAGGGGAUUCCCUUUGGACUCUGAGGGGCUUUGCCAGAGCAACGUCACUGCCACUCCCAAAUCCUGAAUAAAACUCAGACCAAA